AUGGCCCCAUCACUAGAAGAGCCAGAGCCGGUCGAGGACGUCCUCGCCAACCCGAUGAAGCAGAAGCCCAAUCUGGUGGCCCCAGAGCCUGAACAUUGCCCUGGUCCAGAAUCGCAGCAGGCUGGGCAAGCAGAUUCCUGCGCAGGCUGUCCCAACCAGGCCAUCUGUGCCUCGGCGCCCAAAGGUCCCGACCCCGAUAUCCCGCUCAUCUCAGCGCGCCUGCAGGAUGUGAAGCACAAGAUCUUGGUGCUGAGUGGCAAGGGCGGCGUCGGCAAAAGCACUUUCACAACGUUACUUGCUCACGCUUUCGCGACGAACCCAGAGAGCACAGUAGGCAUCAUGGACACUGACAUUUGCGGCCCGAGCAUUCCCAAAAUGAUGGGCGUUGAGGCGGAGACGAUUCAUGUCAGUGGCACAGGGUGGUCACCAGUCUGGGUCAUGGACAACCUUGGUGUCAUGAGCGUUCAAUUUAUGCUGCCGAAUAGGGACGAUGCCGUUAUUUGGAGAGGCCCCAAGAAAAAUGGGCUUAUCAAGCAAUUUUUGAAGGAUGUGGAAUGGGGCGAGAUGGACUUUCUGCUUGUCGACACACCACCAGGAACAAGCGAUGAGCAUCUCAGCGUCAACUCCUUCCUCAAGGAGAGCGGCAUCGAUGGGGCUGUCGUCGUCACCACACCUCAAGAGGUCUCUUUACUCGACGUACGCAAAGAGAUUGACUUUUGCCGCAAGGCUGGCAUCAGAGUGCUAGGUCUAGCAGAGAACAUGAGCGGCUUUGUCUGUCCCAAGUGCUCGGGAGAGAGUCAGAUUUUCCGCGCAAGCACCGGCGGCGGCAAAGCGCUCGCAGAAGAGAUGGGCAUCCCAUUUCUGGGCGCCGUACCGCUGGACCCCAGGAUAGGCAUGGCCUGCGACUACGGGGAGAGCUACUUCGAUUCGUUCCCUAAUAGUCCUGCGUGUUUAGCCUUCCGCAACGUGGUGAGGACCUUGGCGGAGCAGAUGGGCGUGGAUUCGAAGGAUGUUUUGCCGGAAUAG